AAGGAUGAUGACAUUGAAGAGGGAGAUCUUCCCGAACACAAGAGGCCUCCAGCACCAAUAGAUUUCUCAAAAAUUGAUCCAGGCAAGCCUGAAAGUAUCCUGAAGCUGACGAAAAAGGGGAAGACUUUGAUGAUGUUUGUCACGGUGUCGGGAAGUCCCACAGAAAAGGAGACGGAAGAAAUCACUAGCCUGUGGCAGGGCAGUCUCUUCAAUGCAAACUAUGAUGUACAAAGGUUUAUUGUUGGCUCAAAUCGUGCCAUCUUCAUGCUACGUGAUGGCGGUUAUGCCUGGGAGAUCAAAGACUUUCUGGUAAAUCAAGAAAGGUGUGCAGAUGUUACUCUGGAAGGUCAAGUUUAUCCUGGCAAAGGAGCAGAAGAAAGUGAGAAAGUGAAAAACAAAACAAAACCUGAAAAAGCAAAGAAGAAAAAAGAUGCAGACAAGAAAUCUAAUAGCAUCAAAGAGGACAACCGAGCAACCAACCAGAGAGAGGAUCUAUGACGGAUGCGGUGACCAGACUGAAUGCUGCUCUGCUAUUCCUUGAAGGGAAACUAAUUUUUCAUACAAUUCCUGGCUUUACUGUGGGGAGAAGGAGGGAAGCAGAGAUUACUGAGGUUAAAAGACUUCUAUGUUGAAAUACACCGGUUUACUUAUUAAUAUUGGCCAUUUGUUUAGUUACAG